AUGCAAGUUGUCGAUCUUGGCAGAACAGGGCUGCGAGUUUCGCGGCUUUCGAUUGGAACAGGUACACAUGGAUGGGGUGGAAAAUCGGAUCAGACGGCACUGGGAUUGAAAGGAUUGGUCGACCUCCUCCAUUUUGCUCACGACCAAGGUGUGACAUUUUGGGAUUCCGCAGAUCAAUAUGGUAGUCACUCCUAUAUCAAGGAAUCUCUCAAGGGAUUGGAUCGGUCAUCAGUCGUUAUCACAUCAAAAACCGUUUCGCGCACUAGGGAAUCAGUUGAAAACGAUGUUAAACGGUUCUUGAAGGAGAUCGGAUCAGACUACGUCGAUAUUGUGUUGCUGCAUUGCCUCACCGACCUCGAUUGGCCCACGCGUUAUCCGGACGCGAUGGAAGCCUUAACGCGGUGCAAAGAACAGGGGCUCAUACGUGCGCAUGGCGUUUCGUGCCACGAUUAUGGCGCAUUCCAAACGGCUGCCAUGACCAAAUGGGUCGAAGUUGUAUUAGCCCGGAUUAACUAUGCCGGAUCCCACAUGGACGCAUCACCCGCUGACGUUAUCCGGACUAUGGAACAGAUGGCAGCAUUUGGCAAAGGCAUCUACGGCAUGAAGGUGCUCGGACAAAGCAAGUUAGCUGAGGAAGACGGUCCGAGGAAAGGCAUCGAAUUUGUCAUGGGGCUGCCUUGUGUUCACGCAAUGACAAUUGGCAUGACCAGCCAGCGCGAAGUCGAAGAAAACGUUGCAAUUGUCAAUGAACUUGCUGAUUAA